AAAGCAACCUCCCAAGAACGGGAGAAGAACUGGAGGUGAAAAAUGAGUUUCCAGCUACAGCGACAGAGGAAAGUCAAGUUACGUCAAGUGACGCUGAACUGGAUGCAUACAAUGACCCUUUAAGAGGGAUAGCGAAAGCAUGUCUCGAGGAAGGUAACAAAGAAUACAGACAAGGAGAAGCUAAUAACGCGAUAAACUCCUACACGGAAGGACUUCAAGUGAACUGCAAAGAUAAACGACUGAACGCCAAGCUUUACAACAACAGGGCAACGGCUCAUUUCCGUUUGGCAAACUACAUGGAAUGUCUGGAUGAUGCAACAGUAACUGCACUUCAAGUGUCAAUUGUAUGUGGUGUGUCGAUGUCUGUUAUGUGGGUAAAAAGCAUAAGAAAAUGUCAGUAA